ACCUCACUUUGGUAAGUCUCCUCAGGGUGUGAGGAGACAAGGAUCCAUCCGCCUCCUGACCCCCCUGGAGGCCCCGAUCAGGACCAUGGGCUCCUCCCUCCCUCCCCUACUUUUAUUUGGCCUGGGUCUGAGCCUGGGGAUCAAAGCACAAAGAGAAUUUCUCUCCAAACCCAUUCUCUGGGCAAAGCCUAGCUCCAUGGUGGCCCAGGAGACGGACGUGAUCCUGUGGUGCCAGGGCCCCCCUGGAGUUGACAUGUACCGCCUGGAGCGACUGGGCUCCUCCAGGGACUAUAAGGACCAGCCUGGCCUUCCGGAGCCCGGAGCUCAGGCUCGGUUCCCCUUGGGGAGCGCAUCCUCCAACAUUGCUGGCAAGUACAGAUGCUCCUACAGUACCGGGAGCCGCUGGUCACAGCCCAGCACCCAGCUGGAGCUGGUGGUGACAGACUUGUAUGACAAACCCUUCCUCUCCAUCCUGCCCAGCGCCGAGGUAUCUUCCGGGGAAAGUGUCACGUUCUCCUGCAGCUCCAAACAUGGCUUUAACACGUUUGUGUUGGCCAAGGAGGGCAGAGCGGGCAUCUGGAAGACCCAGGAAGGGAAGUCCCCCGUCCACUUCUCCGUCCCUGCGGUGACCGCCGGCCACGGAGGCACCUACAAGUGCUAUGCAUUUAACAGUCGGUUACCCUACCUGUGGACGGCCCCCAGUGAGCUGCUGGAGCUCCGGGUCAAAGGACUCCCUCGAGCCCCUUCCCCAACAGAGUCAGAUGCUCAGACUGGACCCCCUCGAGCCCCUUCCCCAACAGAGUCAGAUGCUCGGGCUGGACCCCCUCAAGCCCCUUCCCCAACAGAGUCAGAUGCUCGGGCUGGCACUCUCACGUCCCCCCACGUUCCCACAGAGAAGGAGAACAUCCCAGCAGGUCGCAGCCCCCAGGAUUACACGGCGUCCAACCUCGUGCGCUUGGGCCUGGCCGCGCUGGUGGUGACGGCACUGGGGGGGCUGCUGGCCUGGCGGGGGGGAUCCCGCAGGCUUUCGGGCCGCUUUUCCAGGCCCCAGACCCAGCAGCCCCACAGGUGAAGGGGCUGCCUCCA